AUGCCAGAUUCACCAAAAAGUGAUCAGCCAUGUGUUUCUUGGAAAUUGUCACCACUGAAAAGUAAAUCAUUGUCUGAUGAGCAAAUCUCCCAGCUAUUCACUAAGUCUUCAGGAGAGUCCAAUCCGGUUAUUAAUGAUCCGGUGGUCAAUCUUUGGGAUCGACUGCAACAAAAUCAAGUUGUGUACCGAUCUGUGUCUAUGCCAUCAAGUACAACAAGCAACAAGUCUGUCAGUACAGAUAACUCAAGGAAUAAUUUAAAGCGGUCAAGAACCUUGGAUUUGAACUCAGAUGAAAAUCCAGAACCAAAGAACAAGCUAUCCCGUGUAUCUAAUUUGGUGAGCUUGUUACGAGCUACGAUCGAUAGAAGAGAAGAACAGAGAAAGAAAAACAUUGAAGAAAAGUAUAUUCAUCCUGAUUUCAAUGACCAAAGUUAUAAUGACGAGGAGCCUUCGGAUAUCGAUCGAGAGUCGAGCAAUUCUCAAGAUUCAGGUACAGAGAAUACCCAAACCCAACAAACCUUAGACGAGGGGGUACCAAAUGAUGCCACGAAUGAUUCUAUAUUGAAUGACGAGGAUGAUGAUGGAGAUGAUUUCUUUGUCGACGAUGAAGAUUUGCAAAGACUACAGGACAUUGAGAAUAAAUGGGUAACCUCUCAGCCUGCACCAAGCACGCAGGAUAAAACGCAAGUGCAAGAUAAUUUUGUAGACCCCAGCUAA